AAAUUCCAUAUCCUAAUCUUUUGCCAACCUAUCUGUGUUCUCCACGUGUCAUUACAUCUUACAUGAUAGACUGGGCUGAUAAUGGGCCGAGCAUAGUGGGUAGAAGGUACGGUUGGAUGGGGCGGGCCAUGACCCAUAAAAGAAUUUUAAAAGUUGUGCUGAAAACGUUACGUAGUUUCAGACAGCGCAGUUGACACGUAGUGGGAAGAGGACAUUGACAUGAGAAAGCAAGCGCAGGUUAAGAAAGAAGACACCUUGAGGCGCACAUUAUCCCAAGACAAAAGUGAGUGCCGCAAAAACCAAAGAUCGAACACGAAUUCGGCGUGUUUCGUAUUUACACGCUUCCGAAGCCGAAGUUUUUCAUGUAUUUCGUCGAACCUCAAAACACCCAAAACCAACGCUCUUUAAGUUUUAACGGCAACAACGGCAAUAGCAAGCUGUAGAACCAAGCCCACGCAUCCUCUUUUUCCCUUGUCCAAAAAUCCCACAUAACCCCGCGCCUACUUCAAUCUCCAAUUUCUUCACUCCUUUUUAGAUCUUUCUUUCUAUAUCGAUUCCUUGCUUUUUUUAUUUCUAGAUUUUCUUUUGCGGUGUAAUGUAGUGUGCAGAGAGGGAGAGAUGGCGGGACAGGUGGUGAAAGUAAAGAGUGAGAUACUACAGGCAUGCAUGACAUGUCCUCUUUGUAAGAAGCUGCUAAGGGAUGCUACUACUAUAUCUUUGUGUCUUCAUACGUUUUGCAGGAAAUGCAUAUACGAAAAGCUCUCAGAUGAAGAAGUAGAUUGCUGUCCUGUAUGCAAUAUUGAUCUGGGCUGUCUGCCUGUGGAGAAACUGAGGCCAGACCACAAUUUGCAAGAUAUAAGGGCCAAAAUAUUUCCUUUUAAAAGAAGAAAAAUUAAGGCCCCUGAAGUUAUGCCUUCAAUUGCAUUGCCAGCAAAACGAAAGGAGAGAUCAUUAUCAUCAUUGGUGGUUAGCACUCCCCAAGUGCCAAUGCAAACUGGCUUGACAGGAAGGAGGUCUAAAGCUAGUGCAAGAAAGGCUGCUGCUGUACGAUGCAGUUUUAUUGUUGAUGAAUCCAAUAAAAAGGAAGAUUCCGCAGAAGAUCAUCCAAUGAGCUCAAGCACUCCUGAGUCUCCUAACAAGGUUGUCCAAAACAAAAGGCAGGAUUCUUCUGUCAAUGACCCUCUUAAUACACUAAGGCACAAGGAAGAACCAGAAGAGGAUGCAGAAAUAAUAGAAGGGAAAGCUGACUUGUGGACUCCCUUAAAUUGUCUUGUUGAAGCUGCUAACAGAAGCAAGUCCUCCAAGUCAAAUUUGCAAGGACUCUCUCUUGCCAAAUCAGAACUUCCUAGUGCUUCCUGUAGUGAAUUCCGGUCACCUGGAACAAAGUCCAGAGCAGAUUCCUCCAAUGGUCAUGAAAGUGAAGUAUAUAUGCCUAGAACCAAAAAUAAAGAACACAGGCAGGAUGUGAAAGUCCAAGAUGAUAAGAAUGGGAUAAAUUCACUUCAUACACCAGUCAAACGGAGAAGAUUGACAGCAUCAAGGAGAAGGGCAGCUAUGGCUGAAGAGCUCAGUGCCUCAGCACAAGUUAUGCUCAAUACUGCAGGUGCUAAGAACUAUAGAAGAAAUUGUCCAAUUUGGUUCUCAUUAGUUGCCUCUGAAGACCAGAAGGGAGAUGAUUCCUUGCCACAGAUAUCGGCGUGUUACCUGAGGAUCAAGGAUGGCAAAAUGCCUGUCUCGUUCAUUCAGAAGUAUCUUGUUAAAAAACUUGAUCUUACUGAUGAGACUGAGGUGGAAAUAAUGUGCAGGGGUCAGCCAGUGGUUCCAACUCUGCAACUGCAAAACUUGGUAGACUUGUGGUUUCGGACAGCAUCCUCAUCGAAAAAAGUGCCGGCAUCGGUGGGUUCCUCAGCUAAGGACUUUGUGAUGGUACUGUCAUACUGUCGAAAAGUUAAAGCUUCUUUAAAUAGCUAAACAUCUUUAAUUUGUUGUCCUAGAUCAAUUACAGUAUCUUGGUUUAGAAAAAUAUAUAUAGUUGGAUCUUGUGAAGCUGUAUUUACCUUGACCGUUGGAUCCAUUCCCAUGCAUGUGAUUACAUGUAUGAAUAUACUUGAUUUUAUUUA